UUUGAUGUUUAUCCAUGUCGGACUGUAUUUGUUGAUGUGUUUGUUUCCAUGGUAACGUCUAGUCCUGAGUAUUUCUUGUAAUAUUAAUAAUGUGAACAUAACCUAUAUAUAUUAUAGCAAUAAAGAGAUUAUAGUAAUAAAAAUACCUACUUUACACAUUUAUUGAAUUACUCAGGAUCUACAGGAUAAAAUAAAAAAAUAAUAUGCAUGAAUUUCAUAAGCAAAAUAAAACUAUGGGCAUUUAUUGGCUUAAGCAGUAUUUGAAAGACAUAUCCAUUUGUAUAAAGUUAAAAUCCAGAGAGGAAAUAGUAACAUUACCUAAUUUUGAGGAGUACAAAAAUAAAUCGUAUGAAGAACAUCUCCAUGUAUUGGAUAAAAAUAAAAUAAAUGAAUAUACAUUUAAAUGGCAAGAAAAAGUAUUUAGUUCUUAUGAAUUUCAAAAAUAUUCCGACAAAUAUAAUUGCAGUUCAGAAACAGAAAUAAAGUAUCAUAAUAUGAUAAAGGAUUCCAAUGCUAAAUCAAAUAAAGUUUUUACUUAUAUUGAUGAGGACUAUCAUCUUCCUUUGCCUAUUGCUGAGAAAGAUAAUUGUAAACAAUUUGAUGCUCUAAAUUUAACUAAUUGUUUUGCAAAAUUAAGUUUACUUGAUAUUGGGGGUCAUGAGAAUGUUUCAAAUUCAAUGGGACAUUUGUUUAAAAGUCAGGAUAAUAUUUCUGAUAAUGAGCAAUGGAUGGCAAUGCAUAUUGUAUUAGAUAACUCGGAAUACAAUGAAGAGUCUCAAAUUCUUUUCAAGCAAGAUUUCAAUCUUCUCUCUUUAUAUCACAAUGUUACUCACAAUUAUUUAAUGGUGUUACCAGACGUAAAUAACUUAGAAUUCAACCUGUAUAAUGUUGAAGAUGGAGACAGUAUUCUACCCCUGGAAUAUGGAGUGGAAAUUGAUUUUGGAGAGGAGGAGAAUGGUGAAGACUUGGAACACUUAUUAAAUAGUUUAUUAAAAAAGUGGGAUAAGAAGCAAAAACAGUUAAUGAAUUUUGUAAUGCCGGGUCUUGGAAUGAAAAAAGUUUUUGUGACAUUCGAAAUUGUCUCAGCGUGUGGAUUCGAAAUGGACAAUUUGUACAUUGAUUUUCAAAUAAGGAUUCCAGAUGACGUAACAGUUAAAGGUGACCUUAAAGGGAGAACACAUGUGAGCAAAUCAACGAGAAGGGAAUAUAACAAGAUCUGGAGGUACGGGCAUGUGGUAGAAUUGGAAAUGGAGUAUGCUACUGGAAUAGAAAUCAAUCCUCUAAAGGUUAUUCUAGAAACGAUUUCCGUUGAUUGGUGGGGACGACAUCGUACAGAAGGAUACAGCUGUUUCACUCUAUCGUUAGAGCCCGGCGAACAUAGACAAGAUCUGUCCUGCUCAAGACCAGAAGAAUUGGAUAAGGUGGAAGCUGAGAGUAGAAGGUUCUUUGUCGGUGGAUGUCAUUUGAUCAAAGAUUUGGAUGUAUUAAUUAAUCCACAGCUACAUGAAGCAAUGUUUAGAUACGUGUCGUCCGGCUGCGUCGCCGUCCGCUGGCGCGUCGUGAGCCAGCGUCGCCGCGCGCACACGGACGCGCAUGCGGACGGGCGCGCGCACGCACACACUCCCGCGCACGCGCAGUCGCUGCUGGCGGGCGCGGACGCGGUGCUGCGAUACUACAAGAGGGCUAAAGCUACUCUGGCCGCAGCAACUGAAUGCCUGCCGACUACAUUGGGGCACUGACAUAUUUAACAAAAGUUAGGUUAGUGACAUAUUUAGUAAAGAUGCCCGUGUUUCCUGUAUCGAUUCCAUUUGGACGGUGACGUGUAGACAAUCCUUAGGUCAUUCAGGGAUAACGGCAAAUAAAAUCAAGUAAUUUUAGAAAUGAGCAGAUUGCAUAAGUUGCUACUCUUUAAAAUUUAAAUAGAAUGUUAUUAAAUGUCCAGUGAAAUUGUAGUUUAAAUGGAAACCAUCCUAUCCGAUAAUGUAUUGAUUUUCUGUUAAUUGUAAUGCCAUUAAAAACGCUUAUAUAUAAGUCUCUUUUAUGUAACUUUCAAAGUAUAUAAGUAAGUUCUUCGGUCGCUAGCAACACCAUUAGUAUAAUUUUAACGAUUGUUUUUAUAUUUUUUAUAUUUCCUGAUGAAAUAAACAAUUGAAACUUCCAAGUCAAAUCUCUAUUAAAAUCUUAAUAAUGAUUUAGGUGGAUAGUUGAUAACGAAUAUUACCAAAGAUAAUCAUUAAUACCGUUAUAUUAUGUCCCAUGUGACUGACAUUACACGAACACACUCACCAUUCAUUGUUUUUUUUUCAAUAUUACG